AUGGAGUGCUGUACAUCGAGGGAGACACGGGAAAAAAAACGCAUCAAUGAGGAAAUCGACAAGCAAUUGCGCCUGGAUCAGAAAAGGGCGUUUCGCGAGCUCAAACUGUUGCUGCUGGGCACGGGCGAGUCCGGAAAGUCAACAUUCAUAAAGCAGAUGCGAAUUAUCCACGGAAAUGGGUACUCGGCCGAGGACAGGCGUGAAUAUAUUACGUUGAUUUUCCAGAACAUAUUCAUGGCCAUGCAGUCAAUGAUCAAGGCAAUGGACAAGCUGAAGAUUUUCUAUGGUCAGGAAGAGCAUAGCGAACUGGCUGCUCUGGUAAUGACCAUAGAUUAUGAGACCGUAACCACCUUAGAAGAUCCUUACUUAAAUGCGAUAAAAACGCUUUGGGACGAUGCUGGCAUCCAGGAGUGCUAUCGUCGUCGCAGAGAGUACCAGCUGACCGAUUCGGCCAAAUACUACUUGAGCGACUUAGCUCGAAUUGAACAGUCUGAUUACUUGCCAACUGAGCAGGAUAUUCUUCGAGUUCGAGAGGCGACUAUUAAUAUUCACGUAUAUCCCUUCGAAUUGGAUGGGUUUGUGUUAAGUAUGGUGGAUGUGGCGGGCCAGCGAACCGAAAGAAGAAAGUGGAUUCAUUUCUUUUCGAAUGUAACUUCAAUUAUAUUUCUGGCAGCGCUAUCGGAGUACGAUCAAGUCUUGAUGGAAUCUGAAAACGAUAAUCGAAUGUUGGAGUCUAAAGCUUUAUUUGGAACUAUUAUAACAUUCGAAUGGUUUCAAAGAGCGUCUAUUAUUCUUUUUCUGAACAAAAUGGACGUUUUGGAGGAGAAAAUAAUGAGUUCGCAUUUGGUGGACUAUUUUCCUGAAUACGACGGCCCUCAGCAAGAUGCAACAGCGGCCCAAGAGUACAUACUGCAAAUGUUUGAAGAUGAAAAUCCAAAUCCUGAUAAAAAAAUAUACGCUCAUUUUACAUGUGCCACAGAUACCGAAAAUAUUAGGUUUGUGUUUGCAGCAGUAAAGGACACAAUUCUGCAAUGCCACCUUAAGGAAAAUAAUUUGCUCUGA